UCGGAAAGACUGAAGUGGAACUGAAACUGGAGUGGGGCUGUUAGUGUGUUCGGAGCUGUAGUUGUCAGAGGAGAACGUUGUGCCGCUGCUGCCUUGGAAACACUCUUCAGAGCACAUGUGAGGGGAAGGUGGGGGGAAGAAGUGAUAGCCUCGGGACAGAUAAGCUCCAGGGAAGAGAAAGAGGGAGGGAACAAGGGAGUGAGCAGGAGUGAGAGGUGGCCAGCUCUCUCUUUCUCUCUCAGUCAGACCUGCCGGCUGCUGCUCUUCUCUUCUUCCUGCUCGGGUUCCCUCUCUGCCGGUGGCAGGCUGCAGGAGUUUGUGUUUUUCUGGAUAUGAACAUGGACUGAGAAAGCUACACGCAGCGAGACAUGAGAAGAGUCACCGGAGAUUCACUGAGUGGCAGCAUGUCUUUCUGAAGAAAAUUGUGGCAUGAAACCAGAUCGCGAACAUCUUCCAUUCAUCACCUCCUCCUCCUUCAUCUCCCUCCUCCACUCUCCCGUUAGGAACUCUCACCUCAGCUCCACCGCAUUGAUGAGGUAACGACAAGCUCAACGCAGCGCAGCACCAACACCACCCUUCCCCCUUCCUUCUGUCAACCUCUCCACCGCAGCCAUGGGGCAGAAGAUCUCUGGCGGCAUCAAAACGGUAGACGGUCGCGGGGAAAGCGGUGGCUCCCCUUCCUACCGGCCUUCAGCGCACCGCCGGCAGCACCCGGAACUGAGGGGCCCCGAUUUCUCCAAACCUACCAGGCUGGAUCUCCUUCUGGACAUGCCAUGUGCCGGACUGGAGACCCAGCACCGCCACGCGUGGAACCCUGACGAUCGCUCGCUCAACAUCUUCAUAAAAGACGAUGAUAAACUGAUAUUUCACCGCCACCCGGUUGCUCAGAGCACAGACUGUAUCCGGGGGCGGGUAGGGUACACAAGGGGUCUCCACGUGUGGAGGAUCCACUGGCCCUCCCGGCAGCGUGGCACCCACGCUGUGGUUGGGGUGGCCACCUCAGAAGCUCCUUUACACUCAGUGGGCUACACAGCGCUGGUGGGGUCGGACUGCGAGUCCUGGGGCUGGGAUCUGGGACGCAACAGGCUCUACCACGACAGUAAGAACAGGGCACACAGCACGCUGCCCUCCUACCCCUGUUUCCUGGAGCCGGAGGAGUCGUUCACCUUGCCGGACUCUCUGCUAGUAAUUCUGGACAUGGAUGAAGGGACGCUGAGCUUCAUGGUGGAUGGACAGUAUCUAGGUAUCGCAUUUCGAGGACUGAAAGGCAAGAAGCUGUAUCCUGUCGUCAGCGCUGUGUGGGGACAUUGUGAGAUCGCCAUGAAGUACAUCAACGGCUUAGAUCCCGAGCCCCUCCCUCUGAUGGACCUGUGUCGGCGUGCGGCCCGCAUGGCGCUGGGUCGGGAGCGGCUUCAAGAGAUCGAGGGCCUCCCUCUGCCCCAGUCCCUGAAAAAUUACCUCCAAUACCAGUGACUGACACCAGCAGAGCCAACUGGGAGUACAAGGACACAAACCAGACCUCCAGAAAGAUGGAUGCAUUAACGAAAUGAAUGACUGAAAGGAUGAUGGAUGGAAGCAUGUCCACACUGAGAGCGCCAUAGCUCCACAACAGAUGGGUGUAUUAAAGGAUGGAGAGAAGGAAAGAUGGUGGGAGAACUGAAAGAGGACGUCCAGGCUUUCAAACAAAGACAGCACCAGCUUCUCUUGGAUUUCAAGCUGCUUUUUCAUUUGUUUUUUGACUUGAAAUAAAUUAUUGAUGAUGGUAUCCCAUCAGCGGCUCACUCAUCCAGAAAGGAAACCCAUGGUGUGGGGAAGAGGCGACAGUGUCCAGAUGAACACCGCCACCUAGUGAUGAGAAGGAACACUGCGCAGAGAAAGCACACUAAUCCUAUCCUGGAGGCCUUUCUGACUACAGUCAGUGACCAUAUCAUUGCUGUUGACUCUGUAUUCUCCUCUGGCGAAGGUGACAGGAUGCCAAGAGGAUUUUAGCACUAAUGUUGUUUUUAUCUGAUUGACUCUGGGCCUGACUAAAAUCUCACUACGCAUACAGAAUAGACAAAAAACAUGGCUGCAAGGGGGAUGCAAAAUGAAACAGGCAUAUUGAUUUUCUCUCCUGGCUUUAUGCAGACAUUUUGUACGGGAGUGAAGCCCUUUUCAGACAUGGUGGUUAUAGUGUGUUAAUUAAUGGAAAUAUUCACCAUGCUCAGUAUUUAGCACCAGGUGAACGAAAAGUAGUGAUGGAGUUGAAAAGUCAUGAUGUUAAUGAUGAAUAGUGGGUCAGUGAUGAUUUUAAAAUGUGUUCAAAUCUUGAAUAAUGUGCAUAGUCAGUGUGAGAAGCUACCACCCGUUCCAACUUAUUAAUUUCACAUUGUAUUAGUUUAUUUUAUUCUGCUGCUUUUUUAUACUAUAAUGUCCUAAUACAGAAUGACAAGUCAUAGGGACUCUCGUGCCUGUAUGCUGUAUUUGAACACUUUAUAUACAGGAUAUUUAUCAUUUCGUCCAUGCAGUUAGCCUGAAUGUUACUUGAAAAAAGAUUGGCGGUGUGUUGGUUUUAAUGUUUUUUAUUUUUAUUUCUACCUCUUUUGCCCCAUGCUGCAUGGGGAAAUAAAAUCAUUUUAAGCAUCAAUCUGAAAUGACUACAGUUUCCUCAACGUAAAAUUGCUCAUUUACAGUGUUUCAGUGUCUUUUCAUAGAAUAUGUUUAAUUACGUGGUACUUUUCUCAGUGCUCUUAAAGCUAAAUAUUCAUAAAGAAAUAGAAAAACACCAGUCAUAAACGAACACAAAAAACUCAUCCUAUUCACAAAUCUCUAAUGAUUAAUAACUAACCUUUUUAAACUUCGAAUAGGAAACUGAGUUCUUGUUGGACCACAUUGAUCAUAGCGCGAAGCUUAAAGAGCAAAUACUCUUUAGGCCUCUAUAGAGGAACCGAGACAUACAUUUAAUCAUUUUACUUGUAUAAUUUGUGCUGCCGUGGCAUUGUGAUAUUGUGAUGAUAUCCAGUUCAAACCAGCUUGGUCUGGGAAGUGUUAUGGAACAUUCGAUAGGUCCAAAUGACUUUAACGUAACGAGCUGCGUGUCUGAAAGGGGCUUAUUCACAUGUAAAAACUGAAUGUGUUAGUGGUACAGAGAACCAUUCCUUCUCACAGGACACUAAAUCAUGAAUUAUGAUGUCCUUCAGGACCAAAAGUACUCAUGUUAAGCCGUGGAGUGUGUUGGUGGAGAGAUUCGCCUCACCUGUUGUUGUAGCACCCUGCUGUAGCUCACUGGUACCAGGCACCACUGUCUUAACAAACAAACGGGACCAGAGAAGAUCUACUCUCACUGGAUCUAUAAUAGUAAAGGCUGGAGCAGAAUGUAGGAACAUUACCACACACACACACACACACACACACACACACACACAAUCAUGUUUUUUUCCCCUAUAAAAGGCUUGAGUCACUUUCUUUUAAACUUCUGAGUUUGUAUUCAACAUUAUAAUUAUUAAUUUUAUUGAGUUUUGAGUCUGAUGAUGGCAACAGUUUUAUGUUUGUUCUUCUAAUGGAGGUUGAUGGUUACAUUCAGGUAAUUUAAUACAAAUAUGCUGUUGAUGAAGGGAGGCAGAAAUCAAAAGUUGUUUCUUCAAUGCUGCUUUUCAUUAUUAUUAUUAAUAUUAUUAUUUUUAUUUGGGAUGGCGGUGGUCUCACCUUCUGUUUUCAUCGGCUACGAUGGGGAGGAAGGGGACAGUUGAGUUGUAGUGGAAUGUAUGGACGGAUGGUGCAGUUGAGAUGUCAAAAGAUAUGAAAUGUGAAUAAAAGCCAAGUGAAUUUGAAAAA